AUGAAAGUGAGAAAUCAGUUGUUGAGAUUUAAUGUGAAAAACAAACAAAAGGCACUAAGAAGACUAAUUUUGCAAAGUGGACAACAAUCACGUUGUAUUCUUCACAAAAUGGAAUUUUUAAAUGACACCAUAAGUGAUGAAUUUUGUGGUCAUCCAAAUCCUUUUCUUGUUUCGAUCAUAAGAAAACAGCGGCGUUGA